AAGCAGAGCUGGACGGUGGACCGCUGCUGCCGCUGUGGGAGUUGUUGUUAUCAAGCAACGUCUUUCUUUUUUGUGCUUUUUUUUUUCUUUCAACGAAAUUUUUUGGAAGCGGGUUUGCUAUACAGAGCCGGCAGGGAAGUAAAUAUUUUUGUUUUUAUUGGUUCAACCGCCAACUAGCACAGCGAGUCAAGUGGGAACUCUUCAGUGCAAUUAACUCGUGUGGAUUUGUUUGUGAUGCUCUGACUGAGAGCCGACAGUUUGUGGGUGUCUCUGGAGGGUCCGCUGGCUUGAAUUUCUUCUUGUUUGUUUGUUUGGCUGUCUCUCUACUCGGAAUAAAUCGGAUUCUACACAAAACAAACGCCGGAGUGAUUGAGGUGGCUCCAGGCUUUUUCAUUCCUCACCUGGUUCGUACCCUCCUCUGUCUCUUCUCCCCCCCCCCCCCACCUCCAGCUAAUGAGCCGUUUCCCGUGUUUUUCCGGUUGAUUUACGGCCGCUACUGCCGGUCGAGCGGAGGAAGAGACAACGACCUGAAGAAAGCGAAGGACGGAGUAGUGGAGUAGUGCGGAGAGGAGCGGGGGAUUCACGGUAGUCGCUCGUUGAACUCGGUCAGUUUUGUUUGAAAUUAACAACGGUUGGUGCUCGUGCUCACGGCGGAUGGAUCCGUGAGCGUCCCACGUCUAUAACUGUGCCCUAUUUUCACCCACCGAAGCGGGCUUUUAAGAAGGAAGCAAGCCCAUCCUCACAAUGUUUCCCCAGGGGCGACACCCGACGCCCCACCAGGCUCCAGGCCAGCCCUUCAAGUUCACCAUCCCAGAGUCACUGGACCGCAUCAAGGAGGAGUUCCAGUUCCUUCAGGCACAGUACCACAGUCUGAAGCUUGAGUGUGAGAAGCUGGCCAGUGAAAAGACGGAGAUGCAGAGACACUAUGUAAUGUACUAUGAAAUGUCUUAUGGCCUCAACAUUGAAAUGCACAAACAGACUGAGAUUGCCAAGAGACUAAAUACCAUCUGUGCACAAGUCAUUCCCUUCCUCUCACAGGAGCAUCAGCAGCAGGUUGUCCAAGCUGUGGAACGAGCUAAACAGGUUACCAUGGCAGAGCUCAAUGCUGUCAUCGGGGUACGUGGACUGCCAGGUCUUCCACCUACACAACAACAUCUAUCCCAUAACCAUGGUGGUGCCCCUGUGCCCCUCACACCCCACCCUGCAGGCCUACAUCCCUCUCAGCUGAGUGGUUCAGCCGGUCUCUUGGCUCUGUCAGGAGCUCUUGGUGCUGUACCUCCUCAUCUGGCAGGAAAAGACAGUGGUGAUAAGAAGCCUCACCUGUCUGGGCCAGAUUCACACCCUGCAGGACCUGAGCACCUGAGAGAGCGAGAGCCUGGAACAAGUAACUCAUUACUCCCAGAAAGUCUUAGGAACCCUGAUAAACGACGCAAUGGACCAGAGUUCUCAAAUGAUACAAAGAAACGCAAGGUGGAUGACAAGGACUCUAGCCACUAUGAUAGUGAUGGGGAGAAAAGUGAUGAUAAUUUAGUGGUUGAUGUCUCAAAUGAGGAUCCAGCCUCCCCCCGUGGUACACCUCUUCCAUCUCCAAGAGAGAAUGGCCUUGACAAAGCACGUCUCCUCAAGAAAGAUCCCUGUAGUCCAGCCUCCACUGCUUCAUCAGCAAGCUCCUCCUCCUUGAAAUCCAAAGAAAUGGCAAUGCGAGACAAGGCAGGCACACCUGGGUUAAAGUCAAGCACACCCACCCCGAGAGGUGAUUCCACCCCUGGUCCAAGCUCUACACCUGGAAUUAGACCCAGUCUAUCAAAACCCCCUUCCAUGGAGAUACCCCACCCACCCAAUGCAGGUUUACGGACUCCCUUGGCCGUGCCAGGCCCAUAUCCAGGGGCAUUUGGUAUGUUACCACAUGCAGCAGGAAUGAAUGGGGAGCUGGCUGGUGCUGCUGGGGCUGCAGCCUAUGCUGCUGGACUACACAACAUGUCACCUCAGAUGAGUGCUGCUGCAGCAGCUGCUGUGGCUGCAUAUGGUCGAUCACCCAUGGUUGGUUUUGAUCCUCAUCCUCACAUGCGAGUUCCUGGAAUGCCUCCUAGCCUCACAGGAAUUCCUGGGGGUAAACCCGCUUACUCCUUUCAUGUUGCGGCUGACGGACAGAUGCAACCCGUGCCAUUCCCGCCAGAUGCUUUGGUGGGCCCAGGGAUCCCUCGCCACGCCCGUCAGAUCAACACUCUGAACCACGGAGAAGUCGUUUGUGCUGUUACCAUCAGUAACCCAACCCGACAUGUUUACACAGGAGGGAAGGGCUGUGUCAAGGUCUGGGACAUUAGUCACCCAGGCAACAAGAGCCCCGUGUCACAGCUUGACUGUUUGAACCGAGACAACUACAUCCGCUCGUGUCGUCUCCUCCCUGAUGGUCGGACACUAAUUGUGGGUGGUGAGGCGAGCACAUUGUCAAUCUGGGAUUUGGCUACGCCCACUCCAAGGAUUAAGGCAGAGUUAACAUCAUCAGCACCAGCAUGCUACGCCUUAGCCAUCAGCCCAGACUCCAAAGUCUGCUUCUCAUGCUGCAGCGAUGGAAACAUUGCAGUUUGGGAUUUACACAACCAAACGUUGGUCAGGCAGUUCCAGGGCCACACAGAUGGAGCCAGCUGUAUUGACAUUUCCAACGAUGGCACCAAGCUGUGGACUGGAGGCCUGGAUAACACUGUCCGCUCCUGGGAUCUGAGAGAGGGACGGCAGCUGCAGCAGCAUGACUUCACAUCACAGAUCUUCUCCCUGGGCUACUGCCCAACAGGAGAAUGGCUUGCAGUGGGGAUGGAGAGCAGCAAUGUUGAGGUUCUUCAUGUCACUAAACCUGACAAAUACCAGCUUCAUCUACAUGAGAGCUGUGUACUGUCCCUGCAGUUUGCUUAUUGUGGUAAAUGGUUUGUGAGCACAGGAAAGGAUAACCUACUGAAUGCAUGGAGAACACCAUAUGGAGCCAGUAUAUUCCAGUCUAAGGAAUCUUCUUCAGUGCUAAGCUGUGACAUAUCCGUGGAUGACAAGUACAUCGUCACUGGAUCAGGGGACAAGAAGGCCACUGUUUAUGAGGUCAUCUAUUAGAAAUAUGGAAAGAAAGGAAUAUACUUUCAGCAUACCCGAAGUUUGUAGAAAUAGAGCCAGAAAUUGCAGCUAAAACCCGAUGGCACAUGGUUUUUCUGACAUCAUAUUGAGGUGACACAAAGGACAGUGUGCAUCGCUCCGUAACAGCUGAGGACAAAACGAAGCUGCUGGACAUCAACGGAAGCAGAACCACGUGGAUGUACAUUUCCAUUAUGUUGCUCUACGUUAAGGCACUGAGAUCAGUUUUAAGGACUAGACACUGACUGAACCAAAGGGCGUCUGCAUUGUUUUCGCUGGGACUGGCUCUACCGAACACUGUACCGAACAUCAGACUUGAACAAACUUCUUUCUGUGUCACUAACGGGGGCAAAGAUCCUUGAAUGAACACUCAAAUUUAAGGGGUGAGAAUGUAAAGAAGUUGCAGACAGAAUAAGCUGAACAGAAAUGCACAGAAUAAUAGAAAUCCUAUUGGAGGAGGAAACUGAAGAUGGACGAACAGUUGACAGUGACAGCAGAACAUGGUGGUUCAUGUUUUGAUUUCGCAGCUCGGACUCUUUGACCUUAGAACCUCAGCUUGCUGUUGUGAUACCUACAAUGUCUGACUAGUUUUUGUUGUCUUACAGUAAGUCCUACCCUUGAUGAGUACAUUGUAGUACUUACAAAAUACCCAUAAACUAAUUGACGGUGUUAAAUAUACAGUACUACAUUGAAAUGAUACCGAUGGCCAUGUUGAAAUGUCUCGCAUUGUGAUAUUGUCAUGUCUGUGGUGGGUUACAUUGAUCAUCAAGAGACAUAAAUUUUCCUAAAACAUAUUUUAAAGCACACUACAUGAAGACAAAACAGCCUCUCAAACCAAAUAAUAAAUAUAGAUAUUUUAACAGGAAAUCUGGAAAUGCACAUGGAAUUAUGAAUCAACACUGAAGAAAUAUGACUUGACAGAUGAUACAUUAAUUCAUGGAAACCUGAAAAAAAUCAUGAAUUUGCAUUGACCUUUACGUAACACACAGCCUGUGCUUUCCUAUUAUGUAAAACCUGUUUAGAACUUGUGAUGCCUCAAAGAUAUUGACAGACCUUUUGGAGGGAAAACACGUCCUUGGUGUUUCAUCAGCACCAUAUGUUUUGGUUUUCAUGACUAGGAUGAAAACCACCAUAACUCAACUGUCCACAGCUGGAAACAUUUCAGUGGCCCUUGGCUUUUUGAUAAUGAAUCAGCUACACAUUGUCUAUAUGGUGGUCUUGAGUUGUCUGUUAUGGUUGUAAUGAUUCAAUCCAUUUCAGUUCCUUAAGGUGAAAUCAUUUGUUUACUGUAUUUACUGUUUUAAACACAGCCGAACCAUGCCUAUAUUUCCCACAUGAUGUCUUACUGGAUGGAUAAUGACCUCAGAAAUGGGGACCAACUAUCCCGUGACAAAGAUGCUCUUGACAAAACACUUGACCUUUUCUUUUUCUUCAAAACAAUAAUUGAAGCAGUGAAAAUCACGAAAGCAUCUUAAAACGUACGUGUUUUUAGGAUAUUGCAGUUCAAAAACAGUCUUACGAAAUCAAAAAUGCCAUGUUGUCUUAUUUUACAAGCAAGAUGAAGUUAUUUGCCAAGAUCAUCUUACAGUGGAGGGUAGUGAAAGUGCAGUCACAUUUCAGCAGCGCAAGCAUUGACCCUUGUGCUAACGUUUAUGUUUUUUACUUUUGUUUGUUGGAUGUUUGUAAAAAUGUAUAUAUGUCUUUUUUUCUUACAGGACAUACUUUAGAAAUAAUGCUUUUGUACGUCUUUUACAUGGAAAAGAUGCGUCUAAUCAGGAGAAAUACUAAAUGGUCUUAAUGCUAGCUAAUCUAAAAUGAUUGAAAUGUCUAGACAAUAAAUGUGUUUUUUUUUGUAA